CUGUUUUAUUUAAGCACUUCGUCUAAUCAUGUGAACAAACGAAACUAUAGCAAGGCUGAUUUGGAAGCAGCCGUUCUGGACAUUAGAAGCGGAAAGCUAGGCACCAGACGGGCUUCUGUUAUAUACGGCGUUCCCAGGUCUACUCUGCGGAACAAAAUCUACAAGCUAGAGGCAUCUAAUAAUCGAAAUGACCGUAAACGUCAUCGGACUGCAGAAGCGGCUGCUGAAACCAACUAUGAACACUCAUCACCACCAGCUACUCAACCUGUGAUCUUAUCUGAUUACGAUAAGCAAGUUCAAGUUAGCGGCAGCAGCGAGCAUAGUCGACUUACGUUACAGGAAUUGACACUUAAUCUGGCUAAAGCCCAAGCAGAAAUGCUUCAUUUGGACAGGGACCAAGAGGAAAAGUUGAAACGGGAUACCGAUAGCCAUCUGUCUUCUGUAAUGAAUAGUGAAUGCGUUUCGAUAAUGGUGCAGAACGCAUCGAAAAUCGCCUUAAUUCAGAUGUUCGAACAAAAAGCACGCGAUUCCAUAUCCAAUAUGGUUGACAUCAUUGGGGACCAGCAGCAGCAACAGCAACAGCAGCGAGGUGGCAGUGAUGAUGCGACGAAAGCCGCGUACAAAAGUUGUCUAGGCCAAGCAGGUGUCACCGAAAGCGUCUGCAAGAAAUCGAGGCCGAAGAGGGGCCAAUACAGAAAGUACGAUAAGAGCGCGCUGGCUCAAGCCGUACAGUCAGUGCGCCGAGGCGAGAUGAGUGUUCAUCGUGCAGGAAGUUAUUACGGGGUGCCACAUUCGACUCUCGAGUACAAGGUCAAGGAGCGCAACCUGAUAAAAAGCCGCAAACGGCAGCAAUCCAUGUCCGUCGACAGCAACAGCAGUUCAGAUAUGCAGGCGCUCGUCGAUGAUAAAUCGGCUGGUAAGCAUGGGCUAAGGCUCAUUCUCUCUUGACC